GCACAGAAUACCGCAGGGUUUGGUUAGUGGCGCACGCUUCGGUCCGCUGCGUAGGCACAUUCGAGCGCGGUUAGAAAAGCAAAAACAAAAUUUACCGUGAAUUAAAACAGUGCAGUGCAUCGCCUGACUAAUCGAGUCCCUAACGAGUCCCAGGAUCUGACUGAAACAUAAUGGGGCGCUACCGACUUUUAUUUGUGGUUGUAAUAACAAUUCUGGGUAUCCAAAGCGGUCGCAGCGACUCUCUCUCGGAUAUGACCAAUCGCGACGAAAGUUCCGCUCUAGCGAAAGAAGUUAAAGAUAACAGCCGUUACAAAACACUUGAAGCAAAUGCUAUUAUGUCGAAAUUGCUUGUUGAUGACAAAGACGGAGUUAGCAGGUCAGAAGUCUUUGAUAUGCUACAUUCUCGUGAUGAUAGUCCUGAUAACUUCGACUUGCCGACUUUCCCUGAAGACGUGGAAGACAUGAAGAGCGAAGUUCCCGGUUUGCCUGAUUCACAGGCUGAAUUUUUACAGGUUGCUGACAGUGAGGUACGUAAAGAUUCACAAAAGCUGCGAAGACCAGCGAAACGGGAAGAACCAGUUGGUCUUGCAGCUGGAAUUAUGGUUAUUGUCACCUGUAGUAUUGUAUUCGUCGCCUAUUCCGCAUUAAUUAUCUGGAGAAGGAUAUAUUUAAAAAGAAACGGUCUCAAGCAUGAACUUUUAAGAAACGAAGAGGUUGUUGCUGAAACAAGAAUAGAGUUGUGAAGAUCUCUAGACAGUCAUCGUUAAUGAGAAAAAUAAAUUCAAGAUCGAGCCGAGAAAAUAGGAAAACUUAAGACUGAAUUCUUUAGGUCGUUAGAAUUUUAUUCGUAGCGAUUUUAUUUAGAAACAAAUAGUUGCGUGGCUGUUCGUUAAGUAGUAUUCUUUGGAAUGAUAGUAAUUUUAAAUGCAAAAAUUAUGUAAAAUUAUUCUAUUUAUUAAAAAAUGAUUUUGCUAGAGUCGCCUGUGAAUGCUUAGCAGCUUUCAGUAACGUCUUCAAUAAUUCGGAAGCCUAUUAUUAUUAUUGUAAACAUUUAAAGAAGUGAGAUAACGCUAUUUUGAUAUGCAUCUUAAAAGUUUAAGCUUGGUCCCGUUGCAUCAAAUUAAUUCAAAGCAUUCGUUACAUAGGUACUCACAUAUACUUGUGACGUAUUUUAAAGGGAAAUCUUUUUAAGACCGGGAAAAAUUAAUCACUACUAUACUACUUGUCGCCUGUUUAUCAGGAAAUAAGUAAAACUUGAUCAAACAAAAAACAAUCCUUAUUUUUUUUUUAAUAUUCGUUACUGUAAGGUAAAUUACUAUAAUCAAUAUGUAAGUGCCAUACCCAAUAUUACACUUCUCAUAGGCUACUCUUUUAUGUAAAUACCACGACUACUAUAUUUUUGGAAUGGCAUCACGAUUUAUAUAAGUUUAAUUGAAGUCAAUUUAUGUCUGUGAUGUAAUAAUUAUCUCGUAAGGUUUUUUUUCCAAAAUAAUUUAAAUAAAACAUAA